AAUACACAGGGUGUCCCAGAAAAAAAGUACCACAUUUGUUUAGACGCGUGUUUCUUUUUUCCAACCAAAGGAAGGCGCUAUACCCGAAGAUGCUUCUUGGUAAACAAACCAAACAAAAACAAACAUAACCUAACCUCACCUGACCUAACCUACAACCUACAAACCUACAACCUACAACCUAACCUACAACCUAACCUACAGACCUACAACCUACAAACCUACAACCUACAAACCUACAACCUACAAACCUACAACCUAACCUACAACGCGCCAAAAAGUUCUACCGGCUGCGGGGAUCGAACCCUAGUUAUUAGAUCACGAGGCGAGUGUGCUCACCACUACACCACGCAGCCAGCAAACCGGUGAGAGGUGUAAGUCACUUUUAAAUGACGCAAUGGGAUAUUCUCCGUAUAGCGCCUUCCUUUGGGUGGAAAAAAGAAUUACGCUGUUUAGACAAUAUAUUUUUUGUUAUUCGGCACUAAUGCUUUAAACGCAUAUCAAAAGCGAGCCAGUUCCAUGGAGAUUUAUUUGCGCUACAAAUGGACCAUGCCACUCCUUCCUGUCACUCACACCGGCACAUGUUCGAAGUGCCUGCCUUCUUGGGCCAGGCACCGCUCCGCCCUGCACCUGGCUUCCUCUGCGACCCGAGCACAUGCGGAAGGUGGAAUCGCGCGAAUGGCCGCGCGAAUCGCCCGUUUCAGUGUCGCUAGGUCUUCUGGUGCCUCCUGAUACACCACACUUUUCAGAUAGCCCCACAGGUAAAAGUCGAGGGGCGUGAGGUCAGGAGAGUGCGGCGGCCAGGUCACCGCGGCCCGCCGGGAGAUGACACGCCCCUCUAGACACUCGUGCAGCCAGGCCAAGUUGGCGCGUGAUGUAUGCGCCGUUGCGCCAUCUUGCUGCAGCCAUUGCUGGUUCAGGGUGUCCGCACAACUCGCUGUGAGUGCCCGCAAAAAGCUUUUAAGCAUGGUAAGGUAGCGCCGGGAAUUGACAGUGACCGUCUCGCCAGCACCAUUUUCAAAAAAGAAUCCAGGCCGAUGAUUCCCUGCGCGCUCAACGCGCGGUUCACUUGCCCGUUCAGAUGAAAAUGGGCCUCAUCAGACCACCAAACACAAGACAAGAAGUUUGGGUUGUUUGUGCACUUUUCCAAAAACCAUUUGCAAAAUUGUUCCCUCUGCUCAAAAUCCGCAGCAAACAGCUUUUGAGACACUUUAAGCUUAAAGGCAGAUAAGGCGAGAUCCUUCUUGAGAAUCCUGUGAGUGGAGGACUUGCUGAGACCGACCCUAGACGCGAGGCGCCGCACCGACACUUUCGGCGUUUGACCAACCUGCUCUGCGACCUUUCGUAUGGCCUCCUGGCUGCGAGAUGUUUUUUUCCGACCACUGUUUCCGGCAUUCUGGUUACUAAUGGACCCUUCUGCCAGAAACUUCUCAGUCAGACGCUGUAUGGUCUAUAUCGUUGGAGCUUCUCGGACCUUAAAAUGUCUGCGAUACUGCCUUUGCGUUAAAACGGCUGAUCCGUGUUUGAGAUAAAAUUCGACUAUUUUGGUUUUUUGUUCAGUAUUAAACGGCUUCAUGACUGACAGAGCGCUCGACCCAUACAACAUAAUUUCCAUGAAUCACGCUUUCGAUUGAUGUUAAAAUUUUACAUGUCACGCGCAUAUUUUUCUUUGUACUUCUAAUUUAAAUUUGGUACUUUUUUCUGGGACACCCGGUAUUUUCGCCCCCCUCCCCCGUUCUCCAACAGCACCUCUGGCUGACCUUGUACUUGUCAGACUUCCCGACCCGGACCCGCUCCGUCGACAUUGCACCGGAAUUUCGUGGGGCGGGGCUGAAGGCGUGACCAGCGGCCAACGCACAGCAAUCGUGUCUCUCAGCCAGUUCAGUAGGUAUAUAAGGGAAAUCUGGCGGCAUAGCAGUCACACACUCAACUCGGCUCCUUCAGGACGCAGCUCAGAAACCGCCAGGCGCCAUGAAGCUGGUGAUCCUCUCCUGCCUGGUGGCUGCCUCCGCCGCUAGCCUCCUCGGCGGCUCCGGAGUUGGCCUGUUCAACGGAGGAGCGAUCGGCGGCGGCCUCUUCAACAACUUCGGCUACGGAAACCAGUACGGCCUCGGUAACCUGGGAUACGGAAACCAGUACGGCCUCGGAAAUCUGGGCUACGGAAACCAGUACGGCCUCGGAAACCUGGGCUACGGAAGUCAGUACCGAUACGGAAACCAGUACGGCCUCGGAAACCUGGGCUACGGAAGUCAGUACCGAUACGGAAACCAGUACGGCCUCGGAAACCUGGGCUACGGAAACCAGUACGGCUACGGAAACCAGUUUGGACUCAACAGCUUCGGUCUGCUCGGCGCCCGUGGGCUCGGUCUCGGCUACGGAAACCAGUACGGCCUCGGAAACCUGGGCUACGGAAACCAGUAUGGAGGCUAUGGCCGUAGAUUUGGCUUCCGCAACUUUGGUCUGCUUGGCAGCCGUGGCUAUGGACGCUAUGGCUACUAAUUUUAUUGUUUAAAAGGUCUGGCGUAUAAAUGAUGUUAAAUCAAUGAAUGUGUGGCAGAAUGAACCAGCUGGAAUUCGUAAAUAUUUGUCCUACGUUUGAAUUUGCAUGGAGCAUGCUCGAGUGUGUGUGUGUGUGUGUGUCUUAUUGUAAUUGUAUGUAAUAUAUAAGCAACACCAAC